UUUAUUUUAUUUUUUUGGUGUUAACAUUCAGGAAACACUGUUGUCAAUGACUGCAUUCAGUGCCAAAGACAGUGUAGGUAGCUGGCUGAAAAAAUUCGAUGAACUUUUUCUGAAGCUUUAUUCAAGGCUAACAAUCUUGUUAUUUUAUUGCACAUAUUACUAUGAAAGACAAUGCUCAGCCAAAAUUUUGCUGGGCAGAACUGUUCCCAUUGCAUUAUGGGACUAAGUGUCCACUGAACUUAAAGAAUUGCAAGAUAGUGGAGCUAUUGCGCCCAUACAAGCUAGUCAAUGGGCAAGUCCACUGGUUUUGCUCCCCAAACCUUCAGCUCGCAUUCGCCUCUGUGUUGACUUUAAGUCUACAGUCAUCCUACAAACUGUGAUUGAUAAUUAUCCAUUGCCACCCCAGAGGAUCUCACGAAUGGAUUAGGCACUGGUCAUUACUUUUCAAAAAUUGAUUUGCGCGAUGCCUAUCUUCAAAUACUACUAGACGAAGCAUUUCAAAACGUGUGUCGUGAACAUUCAUGUGGGCUUGUUUAAAUAUUUGCAUUUGCCUUUUGGCAGUGCUUCUGCACCCACCAUUUUCCAAUAGUAUUUCGAACAGCUGACUGCUCAAGUAUCAAUCUGUUCAAACUAUUUGGAUGAUACUGUUGUAGCAGGUCAUACACCUGAAGAACACACUGAAAAUUUGUGUAGUUUGUUUCGUGUGUUAUCUGAUGCAGGACUAGAGUGUACACUGGACAAGUGUGACAGUUUUAAACCUGAGUUGCAGUAUCUUGGUCAUGUCAUAAACAGUCAAGGUGUACAUCCUCUAGUCACAUUUGUUAGCCAUACAGGACCUGCCAGUUCCUCACAAUGUCACAGAAUUGUAGUCAGUCUUAGGGAAAAUGAACUAUUAUGUUCAGUUCAUAUCAAAUGCUACACAAAUCACAGCUCCAUUGCAUCAAUUUCAUCGCAAGAACAUCCCCUUUGUUUGGAUAGAUGAGCGCCAAGAAACUUUUAAAAAAUAUAAAUAUGUAUUUCUCAGUGAUCACUGCUUGGUACACUUUUAUCUCGACCUACCAGUUGUGUUGCAAUUUGAUGCUUCCUCUUAUGGAAAUGGUGCAGUGCUUUUGCACAGAUUUGGUGAUAAAGACAGGCCUAUUGCUUUUGCAUCAGAAGUGCUGUCCAGAUCUCAGUGUAACUAUUCACAAAUAGAGAAAGAUUGGCUAUUGUGUAUGGUGUCACCAAAUUCCACCACUAUUUGUAUGGCAGAAAAUUCUACUUAGUAAAUGGAUCACAAGCCACUGCAGUCCUUGUUUUAUCCGAUGAAGCUGGUUCCUGUACAAACUGUCCAAAAAUUGUAAAGAUGGCCUUUGUUGUUGUCUCAAUAACAAUAUGAGAGAGUGUAUCGUCCAACAGCUCGACAUGGUAAUGCAAAUGCACUUUCACGUCUUCCGAUUGACCCUGAUACAGACUUUGAUGCUUCUGCUGCAUCUUGUUGUCACAUCAAUGCUCACAAUUCUGAAUUGCUUCAGUCCUUUCCUCUGAAUGACAGGAAAAUUCCUCAGGCCAUGGAAGCUCAUUCAAAUUUGAACAUUUUGCUAAAAUAUAUUCGCACAUCUUGGCCCCACUCAUUGCAGUAGCGCGCUGAUACUUUGCAUGUCAGCAUAGCCUCGCUAUACAGAAAGGAGUGAUUCUUGUUCAAAAUGACAGUGGACAGUCACAUGUGCUGAUCCCCAAAGCUUUGCAAAAAGAAGUAUUGCAGUUACUUCACCAAGGACACUGGGGGAUUGUUUGUAUGAAACAGUUAGCAUGUCGACACUGCACUUGGCUGGGUAUGGACACCCAAAUAGAACAGAUUAUGUCACAGUGCCAUGCAUGUGUGGAAAAUCAGUUUGCUCAGCCACAAAUGUUUUCUACUUGGCCUAAGUCACAAUCAUCAUGGCAAUGUGUGCACAUAGAUUUUGCGGGAUCUUUUUGGAACACUUGUUGGUUGAUUGUGGUAGACUUUUAUAGCAAGUUUCCUUUUGCUGUGCUAGUGAAAUCAACAACGUCACAUAGCACUUAUCAGGUGUUGUCCUCAAUUGUUUCCUUUGAAGAUGUGCCUAAACUCAUAGUGUUGGACAAUGGAGCUGGACCCACAAAUGCCGCAGUAGCUAACGCCUUCUAUAUUGUGGUAUGGGCCUCAGGAGGUGGACACGUACCCUUCUGGAUGUCUUCCGGGGGACAUUUCCACCAGUGCACAGGCCAGAUAGUGGGGUAUGACUGGAAGUAUCACGUCCCCUGCAGCCACAGCUUCCAGUCCGUUAGUGUGUCCACCCUGCUGCCUCCCCCACUGUUUUCGUGCUCCAUAUACAAUGACAGUCCAUCACCUUGGCGGGGAGCAAUGUAACGGCAUAAAGUCAAGCACCAGCAUGCUAGUUGGGAAUGAUAGAAAAGAGGUGGCUGUGAGAAGACGUCAGCCAGUCACACGCUGACUGACCCCUCUCCAGGAUGACUACACGACAACAGCAGCCCCUAUGUGGAGAGGACAUAAGUGCCGUGACUGACUCGUGAUGCUCCAGUUGAAUAGCCACUUCACGACCAGCAGCUGGAUAGAAGCGUCAGUGCUCAUUACCUUGCUUGUACACUCUAUGUAACACAGACAUGGGACCUGUUAUACUGAAGAAAUUGCUUAUUUUGUAUGUCACUCUUUGCUUGUGACACAUCUGUGUAAUUGUCAGAUUUAAGUAUUGUCUUUUAAUUUUUUGUAAUAAAACUCAUUAAUAUGA